AUGGCCGAAUCAUCGAAUCACGCUAUUGUCUACGGCGCAUCAGGUUUGAUCGGCUGGGCCAUUGCCAACCAGCUGUUACACUCCUAUCCUCAUGCCGGCGCAUUCUCCAAAGUCACUGCAGUCACAAAUCGCUCGUUGAACUUGUCUGAAGCUUUCUGGCCGGAGCUGGACUCACAACGGCCAGACCUGCGCCUCGUCUCCGGGAUUGAUAUUGGCCACGACAAUGAGACUACCGUGGCCAAUGCCUUAAAGCUAGCGGUGAAGGAUAUCGAGACCGUCACUCAUGUCUUUUACUUGGUCUUCGCCGCAAACGAUGAUGAUCUUGAAGAGGUUGCAAUCAAUCGGCGGAUGUUCCUAAAUGUCAUCCGUGCCCAUGACGUGCUAAGUCCCAGCUUACAAUUUGUGGCGUUCGCCGGAGGAACUCGAGGAUACGGUAUCUAUGCCCCCGGAGGCACGUUUACUCCCCCAUUACGCGAGGAGAUGGUGAAUAAUCUCCCGCCUGACUACGCCAAGACGGUCGUGUAUCCUGAAUACCGUCGAAUUCUCAAUGUAGAAAGUGAAGGAAAGCCUUGGACAUGGUGUGAAGUCUGUCCGGAUGCCAUUAUUGGCUUUACUCCCAAUGGCUCUCAGUUCAGCUUGGCUCUGCACUGGGCUCAGUAUCUGUCCCUGUACGCUUACAAUCAUGGCAUCGGCCCUAGUGCGCAGAAAUUCAACUCCACGCCUGUGGGAAUACCUUUCCCCGGCAAUGUUAGCUCCGCCAACUCCUUGUUUUCGCCGGUUUCCAGUCAAAGGAUAGCACGCUUCAUGAUAUAUGCCUCCCUGCAUCCUGGGACCUGCGGCGGUGGUCGGCUAUUCAACAUCGCUGACAGCGAGGUGCCAUGCAAGUACGGUGAACUCUGGCCACAACUGGCGGCAUGGUUCGGUCUCUUGGGCACAGGAGAGGCUGAGACCUCGACAGCUCAGGACAACACUUUGAAAGUUGGCGAGCGUCCACAGGCCAGCGCAACAUCUUUAACACCUGGAGAGUAUAUCGCGGAGCAUCGAAGUGUUUUUGCUCGGCAUGGGCGCGUGAACGCAGUCAGUAAAGGGGUGGGAUUUGGCAGCCGCCAAUUGGACAGUGUUGGAUACUGGCUGAGUUUUGACCGACAAAUGAGCCUGGACAGACUGAAGGAGACUAAAUUCGAAAGCGAUCAAGAUCCGGUGCAGGGAUGGCUCGAGAGUUUCGAGAUGUUCCGGAAGGCCGGCUUGAUUCUCUGA